AGGGCGGACUGUCUGAUAAGAGAAAAAAGGGAAAGGAAAUCCAGAUUUGGUGAAGGCAGCCUUCGUAUCAUAUAAAAUCUGUAUUUUUAUGCCCAAGAGAUUGCCAAAUGAAUGACAAUAUGUCCGUCGAGCAGGUGCAGACUGAAGAUUUUGCAGACCUGAAGGCAUUUGAACAGAGGUUGACAGAGGUCGUAGGUUAUCUACGUCCAUACGCAUGGAGAUGGACAGUUGUGCUUAUAGUGAUAGCAGUAUGUACAGCAUGUGGUGCAUGGUAUUGGCUAUUAGAUGAAGAAACAUCCAAGGUAUCGUUCAUUCAAUCUUUGAAGAAUCACCCUUUCUUUGCUAGCAGUGGUUCUACACUAAUUAUCCUGUUUAUGGCAGGCAUUCAUAAAAGAGUUAUUUCACCAGCAAUAAUUACUGCAAGAUGUAGAAAAGUUCUAGCAAAUUUCAACAUGUCAUGUGAUGAUACUGGAAAACUUAUUUUGAAGCCUCCUCGAAGUGGGAGUGCACCAUACCGACCCAACACUAGAUGGCCAAAUGAUCAACAGUCUGAGCAUACGUCACAUCAACAUAAUCAAUGAUACAUUAUUUGAUAUUAAUCUUAGAUUGAUCUUAUGACGAUACAUGUACAGUAUUACUGUUGAUGGGUCUAAAGGGGAUGUUACAAGAAACUUGUUUGUGAUCGAUUAUAAAUAUCAAUUUGCAAAUCUACAAUUGAUCUAUGUCUGCGACGAAUUGUCACUUUUUGCUUUCUUUUGACCAGGAGAUAAUUUCAAAGUUCCAAUUAAUUGCAGGUCUUAUGAUUGAUUUCUGACCUACAAUUGAUUCCCAAUUAAUCACAAGUUUCUUGCACACCCCUGGUAGUCUUUAUGAGACAUGGUGCAACACAGCUAAGCAGUAAAUCCCAGCAAGCAACAUUUUGUAAUUGUGAUCCAAGACAUCAAAACACGUCUUCUGCUUGCUCAACAUGAUUUUAUAUAAACCUGAUGAAAUCCUGCUGUCCAGUCAGAAAUUUUGCAGCUUUUGCGGACAAAUUUAUAACAUCAUUCCUGGGCCCCGUCUUACAAAGACUCGCGAUUGAUGUGAUCAGCCACAACUAUGGAGAGCCAGCAACCUCAAUAUCUAGAAUACAUGUUUGUUCAAGAUAUUUUCUAGAUAUGUUGUGUAUUUAUAUUCUAUUCAAUAUCUUGUGAAUUUAGUGUGCUUUUCUUUGUUAACAAAGAACGUUGCGCAAAUUUCCUGAAGAAAAAUUAGGGUAUUGAUGGAUUUCCAUAUAUUUCAUAUAGUUGAGGUUGAACGGAUCUAUCGUAACUCUUUUUAAGAUUGGGCCCUAACAUCAUUAUUAACUCAUUGUGAUACCAUAUCAUAUUGGAUCCAUCUACCCUAACGAAAUGCAACUUUAGACAAUUAUUAGUUUUUUGUGUGUAAUACAUGGUGAAGAGCGUACGGAGACAUAUCUGAAUGUAGCUUAUAAUCUAGAUGGGGGCUGCAGCUUUUGUUUUUGCUUUUAUUAGCUUGAUGCUGUUAUGCAAAACGUUGGCAAUACAUCAUGAAUCAGAAGACUAAUUGAUGUUAGGCACUGAAGCUACAGAUGCUUGAAGAAAAAAAUUCUGAUAAUUCAGUAUAUAUCAAAUGUGUGAAUUGUCGCUACCAUUUAUCACAAUCUACUCACCAAGCAUGCUUGGAAAAAAGAAAACACCAUUUGAUUUAUUGAUUUAUGACAUGCCCCACUGAAACAUUUUUUUUUCUAUUUUGGGAGAAAUCAAACACCCCCCCCCCCCCCCUCCUGUAAAUGGCUGACACUGACUUAUGGUCUGAAUGAGACAGAAACUUCUCAAGCCAGUGUCCCACCAACUGGAUAAAGAGUUUUAUGUAAUUGUAUGAUAUUAGCAGAUCUAUGUGGAUGUUGGCCCCCGUCUUACUAAGAUAUGCGAUUGAUCCGAUUAACCACAACUUUGGAAAGCCAGCAACUUCACAUCUACAAUGCAUGUUUGUUCAAAAAAUUUCCUAACUAUGCUGUAUAGUCAGUCAUACAUUCAUUGGUUUCUUUAAAAUUUAGUGUGCUUCUCUUUGUUUGCACAGGACUUUGUGCAAAUUUCCUGAACCAAAAAUUAAGAUAUUGAUGGAUUUCCAUACAGUUAAGAUUGAUCAGAUCAAUCGUAACUGUUUGUAAGACAGGACCCCAGGGAACAUAU